AUGUCGAAUACGUCAACAAGAAUCAAAGUAGGCUUAAUAUCAAAUAUCAGAACAAAACUUGCUGCAAAUCUUGAUAUUGAUGGAACAGCAAUCAGUAGUGGAGAUUGGUCUGGUGAAAUAACUGGUAAAAUCAGUGAAGUUGAUGAUGAAGAAGAUGGAAAUGUAGAUGUUGUAGCAUCAACAAAAGGUCAAUCAGUCCCACUAGCUUGGGCACAAAAUUCCAAAUUAUCAAUUGAUCAUAUAGAAUAUAUUGUUGCUUUACAAAUGUCAAUGGUAGAAAAAAUUUUAGUAAAGAAUGAUGAACAGCGUUCAUAUGAAUUAGUUACUUAUUUAACUGAUUUACAAUUAGAACCAAUACAUAAAAUGAUGACAUUAAAAUCUGAACUUAAUCAAACAGUUAAAUAA